AUGCGGGAAGUCUCUGCAAUUUUCUGCAACCUGGCGCUUUUGUCUGGAGUCCCAUUGUCAAUAUGGCAGCUAUUGGGUCUCCAGUGCGGUCUUCGGUCGCCGGUAGUCUCUGUUCGUCUCCUGGAGUCUCCGGUCCCUGGUCUCUGGUCUGUGGUCCCUGGUCAUUCACAUUAUCGUUGCAUGUGCCGAGAGGUAACCCCGCAUGGGUGUGUUCGUUCAUUUUUAUUUCUUGUGCGUGCAAAAAUUCAACAAUUGCAGAAAUUGAAACUUUUGCCUCUUGCCGUUGUUGCCACACACAGAAACAUUGAAAGAAAACUUUCAGACAUGAAAAUCGUAAAAAUAAAAUGAAAUAAAAUAAAAUGUGCACACGUUUGCCUGUUUCUGUUUUCAGUUUUCAGUUUUGCUGCUUUCUGUUUCUGUUUCUGUUUCUGUUUGAGUUGGAGUUUGUGCCCUGCAGACAGACGCUUAAUAUGCCAAUGCACUUUUUCCGACGGGACGGAGUGCUUUUCCAGAUCCGGAUCCCAUAUGCCCCUUUUCCUAUGCCCCAUUCACUUCACCCCGUGUUCUGACUCACAUUUGUGUUUAUUUAAUCUUUCACCGGCAAAAUUGAUAUGCCCAAGUAAUAAACAAACAUCGCUGGGCAAAAGGAAAAAUUAUGAAAAUAACACAAAUUGAAAUUUAUGUUUCAAUAUUUGCUUAAUGUCUCAAGAAGCGGUUUCUCUGUGGCAAGUGGCUGUUUGUGCUGCACAACUCAAUUCGAUUAAAUUUUAAAGGGUGCUAAGUGCUCGCUGUUAGCAGAUUCAUUCAGCUUUUGAACUAUAAAGUUGAAGUUACUUUAUACUUAACAAAAUGGGUUUUGCUUUGUAUUGAGUUGAUAUUCAUAGCUUAUUUAAUUAGCUUUACAUGUAUUUGCUUGUUGUAUAAAAUAACUGGCUUAUCUAUCAACUGUCAUUUCUUUAGCUCAAUAAUCAAAUAAUGCAUUAUCUCCAUGCCUCGAAUAAUAUUUAAAUGCUUCUUGUUAAACUCUCUUUCUCAUCAUUAUUUUCGUGCUUAUACUAUGCUUUAACAUAUCAAGUAUACGCCG